AUGCCGCUGCCCACCGCGUCCUUUGUCGGCGGUGUUCUGGUGCUCGCCUACCUCUCAUCGUUCGUCUUGUUCGCUCUCUUGCGCAUCUUGACAGGCGUUAGUAUCCAGCGCAUCGGCUAUUCUGGCUUCCGGCGCAUCGCAUUCUCACCCAAGGACGGAAUAAAGAUAUACAUAAGAGGCAUCGGCCUGUCUCUCCACCGACCCACCUUUGCGCACCCAACAUGGAUCAGUCUCCAUCUCACCGAACCUCAGGUCGUCGUAGACCUUCGCGCAUUACAAAAUUCGACCAAGAAUGUACAAGCUGAAGAGAAGACUCCCACACAAAAGGAUGGCGCAUCGCAAUGGAAGAAAUUGACCGAAGUCAAGGACAAGAUCAAGAGAUUGCACACAAAGAUCAGAUACCUGUGUCUGGUCGAUUUGGUCGCUAUUGGCAGCAGUGUCGUUAUCAAAGAGGUGGGAACAAUCACGAUUGAGCGCAUUACCCUGGCUGUCGACACGAGAGCAAAGACGGUCGAUCGCAGUCGCUUGUUCCAGCACGACCAGACAAAGGCUUCGUCGCACACCCCUGCCGAAUGGAAGAGCGUUAUCCGGUCCAUACUGUUCACGCCUGAAGGGAAGGAGUCCUCUGAAAUCCUGGAUGGCUUGUCUAUAAGCGUGCAUGGCUUCUUACAUCCGCAUCUGGAGGGAUUGCGCAAUGCUUCUAUUGCCCUGAAGCUAGGUCGACUCGAUAUACCUUACGACGAUCUUCUGGACGCGAGUGAGAAGCUGCACCAAAUUCGCGGCCUUUCCAAACACGAGACCCGACGUUCGGCAUCCGUACAAGCUCCCAAGAUUGCAAUUAACGAUGUGCUCAAGGAACCUCAGGAUACUGAAAACCGCGAGGAGAAGCUCAUGGAAGCCGUGACCGAGUCGAGAGAGUUUCUUGGAUCUGUUCUCAAGGGUAUACAGGAAUUCCAACUGGCUAUUGGCUUCUUGGGUCUCUCUAGGCGCAUCAGGUCUUUGCACACCUCUGGCCAACAUGUCUACUUCNNCAACAUGGCUAUGAAGGAAUUAGGCCUAGAUCUUAUGCGCCUUGAUUCAAGGAGUCCAGCGCAUCGCAUGUAUUUCUCACCAUCAGACGUUGCCCAUCAAGCUCUGCUCACAGCCAUUUCCAUCUCGGCUGGUGUUGACGAUGGUCACGAUCAUCCCGAGCGCAUGCUCUAUGUGCCCAUGGUUACUGCCACUGUCAAGACCACACUUCCCUCAAAGACGUUACAAAAGCCAGACGAUGCCACAAACGUGCGCGAACGUAACAGUAACAUCCUGUUUGCCAAUCUUGUCUGCACUUCACCAUCCGUGGACCUGGACCCGAAGCACUUGCCGCUUCUGCUAGCUAUCGCCAAAGUACGGCAACAAUCGAAAAAGUCAUCCAAAGGUCCUUCGUUGACGAGUCGCGGCUUCUUAUCUCGCCUCUUGCCGAAAGCUAUCAUCAAAAUUGCUGUUCAGGAACCUGUCGUCAGAGUCUCGCUUCCCCCGCUGAGCCCAGGAUACACUGGAGACGUUGAGUAUGACCUGCUUAUCUCGUCAACUUCGACCAUGUCAUUAGACAUCGACUCACAACAUUCCUCGACCGAGUCUGCAAACAAGUAUGGCUUGCAUCUACACUACAGACAGACUUCGAGUCAGCUAUACUACCAGACGAAUGCUGGCAAGAAGCACGACCUCUUGCAGACCGAGACUAUCGAGGUCAAGGUUGACGUUAAUGUAUUACCACAGCCCGAGGUCUUUGUCUAUGGUAGGUUCCAGACAUUCUCGGUCUUCCUGGUACGAACGGAGAUUUCUGAAGGUAUUCGCCAGAUUGUCAAGGCCGCUCGUCGAGAAACAGACUCGAACAGUGGUACGACCGUCGUGAAGAAGCCAAGUUUCCUCCGUCAGAUACCUGAUUGGUUACAGCAUGUGAGCAUUCAAGGAAACGACUUCAACGUCGAGCUUGCUGGUGUGGAUCAAGCUGUUUCCAAAUAUGCUCGCGGAUUUGCCUUGCAGCUCGAAUCAUGGUCAGCCGAGUACAAGGCGCAUCGCGAAGAUAUGUACGUUCCUGUACCAAGACGCAGAUCACUCAGCAGAUCAUUCUCGCGGGAGAGAAAUGAUCGAUCAACAACACCAGAGGCUCCACGAAAGAAACAGACACUUCCGACGGAUGGGCGAAGGUUAGCCGUCCACAUACAAGGCCUGGAAGGUCACAUUAUAGAUGCUGUGGAAGACUCGACUGCAGAGCCGUUCAUCAACUUGCCCAAAUUCGAGGUGGCAUUCUCGACGUCAAGCGACAUUCAAGGACCACUCUUCCACGUCAAUUCGCAUGCUAAAAGUCUGCAAUUGGAAUACUCACUCUAUAAGCACUUCUCAAUUGGUGUAGCAGUCUUGACAUUUCGAAGAAUGUUCCUGACGAUAGAACCCCACCACGCAGACGAGGAUCGCAAGAAGCAUCAACCCAGCUCGACUGUCAAGACUCGAGACCACUCGCAAUACGACCAAAUUUUGAUGAGCGAAGUAACCACAGUUGAUUUCAAAGCAAACUUGAUUCAAGUCAAGGCAGACUUGCCUGCUGAUCCACCAAUGAUGAUCCAGAUUUUUGGUGCCGACUGCGGCCGUCAUAGAUGGGCUACGCCUUUCGCGCGACUCAAGGUUGUAAGACUACUUGCGGGUACUCCCAACAUGAAGCAAGUCUGGAGUCGCAUCGUCAGUGUUAAAAACCUUCGAUUUGACCUCCGCGAGAUGAAGAACAAGGUCGGUCAAAAGACCGAGAUCACAAAAUCAUUCGAUUUGACGACAGAUGUCAUCCGUAUCGGUGUUCCACACGGCAUGGUCCUACACGCAAUUUUUGACAACAUUGUAAACACCGUCAAAGCUUGCGAGCAAUUACACCAUCAUUUCAGCACCGGCACACUUGAAUACAUUCUGGCAAAACACCCCGAAGGACCAAAGAAAAUCCCAAGAAUAUCUGUGCGUGCCCAAUUAUUGCUCUUCGAGAUUGAAGACAGUGGAUUCGAAUGGAAGCUUGGCACAAUUUAUCGAGCUGGCCUGAUCGAGCAGCAGCAGCGUCUCGCACGUGAAGAAGCAUUCAGGCUCAAAGUCAAGAACACAGACUCACAACGCCAGAGAAGAGGUUCACGUGUGCGCACAGCCUCCCAACAACCACCGCCAUCCCGCAGACGCAGCUUGUCCCGUCAUGCAACAUCACAUCAUAGAAGGAGCAAGAGCGCCCACUCGAUUCACACACUUCGGGAAGAAGACGAAGAGUCUUCUUCCGAAAAGCGUCGUGGUAGAGGUCGUGAUCGUAAGAUUCGGUACAACACUGAGGGCAAGGCUGAUUUCAACGGUGCAAACACUCGUACUGUUGAGAAGGCGCACGCCAAGCUGCAGGAGUUCAAUGCUCAGAGCUGGAAGAAGCGCAUCGACCGAGCUUUGAGUACUCAGAGUCAUGCCAUUAAGGACCUGCGUGGCAUAAUAUGGGGUAUGAAUGACUUGCCAGACGAGUUUGAACAAGCUGAGAAUGUGAUGGCAAUUCCACAGCGACCCGCUUUGAUGGCUGCGGUCAUCAGCGAUGUGGGUGUCAUUAUUGACAAGCCUUCCUUUGCACUCGAUCAAUACCCUCAAUUCUUACACGAUGUUGGCAAGGGCAUGCCUCUGGACAUGAAAUAUGGUCUGCUUCUACCCAUGAGCUUGAAAGUUACCAUGGGCGAGGCUCGAGUCAUGCUGAGGGACUAUCCACUGCCUCUUUUCCACGUCCCUGCAAUUCGUCCUGGUCAAUCGCCCCGACUUGCUAGUUUAUCUCUUAGCACAGACUUCGUCGUUGCUGAAGAGUUCCAGGGUAUUGAGUCUCAACGCCACAUCAACGUAGCUGUGGUGCCCGAAAGCAAAUGUGGCAAGGAUGAUAGCAAGAAAAACUUCUCUAUCGAUGUGCGUAGAACCAUCUCGGCUGUGAAGACUUACUCGGACAUGAAGAUCGACAUCAACACGAGCUCACCUACACGAAUUACCUGGGGAACUUCAUACCAACCUGCCAUUCAAGAUAUGAUGCAGGUUAUUGAGAACUUUACAAAGCCACCUAUGGAUCCAUCUGACAGAGUUGGGUUCUGGGACAAGAUCAGACUCAGUUUCCAUUCGCGUCUUGAUAUCAACUGGAAGGGCGACGGUGAUGUUCACCUUUGUCUUAAAGGUUCUCGCGAUCCUUAUGUUGUGACUGGUCUAGGAGCUGGAUUCGUCAUGGUCUGGAGGCACAAUGUUCGCUGGAGACUUGCCCAGGACGAUGACCCUCGCAAGUUCAUGACCGUCGAUAGCGGUGAUUAUGUUCUGGCUAUCCCUGACUACAACUAUUAUGCCCGACAGCUUAAGGAAGAGCCCGAAACAGAGUCACAAAGUGGGUCAAGCAGCGUGAACAGCAGCAAGGCUACAGCUGCUUUCAAGAAAGUCGUUAUGAAAUUGUCCGGAAACGUGCAAUGGAUGGCUGGUCUGACAUUUGAGCGCGAAGUCAAGAACGACAAGAGGAGCUUCGAUUUCUGCCCCCAUUACAAAGUCAAGCUCAGACAUCCUGAUUACGCCAAAGCACCACCANNGGGGGAAGUGUACGAUGCAUUCAAGGACUUCAGAAGUCAUUGGAUCCAUGGUUCUAUUGCCAUCUCUGCACCUCAGGAUCGAGACUGGAAUGUUGCCAAUCUCCAACCAUCCAAAAACUACAACGCGGUCCACCUCACACCUCGCUUCUUUACGCAUUUCUACAAUUGGUGGUCGCUAUUUUCUGGAGUCAUGUCAUUACCUGUCCGCCAAGGUCCUCUUUGGGGAAGCAUGGAAAAGUCGAGCAAGAAGUUCGGACGCCAUCUUGGUACAAUCAAGUACAAUCUGCUCUUCUCACCUCUAUUCAUCAGUCACAUCUACAAGCACAAGGACGCUGAAGAUUAUCAAAAUGAUGUCGUCUCUGCCACGGGCCUGAAGAUGAAACUUGAUAGCUUCAUGUUGGAUCUUCAUCAACGCAGGGAAACUUUUGAAAUCCCAGCGACUGGUGACAAGAAGGCAAAGCGAACAACUGCCAUGAAGAUCAAUCAGUGCCAACUUGAUUUCAUCUCAGCUGACAUCCGAGCGAUAUCUGCAUCUAUCAAGGGAACUAGCACAACUGACCUUGAUCGAGCUGAUGAGGCUACACUGGCUUCCUAUCAGACAAGUAACAUUACUCAUGUCGACAUGUCCAAGUUUACAAUACCCGACAACGAUCUGACUUGGAUUGAUAUGGAUGACUUUGUUGAGCUUGAUUGGAUCUUACCAGCGGAGACGAAUCCUGCGACAAAGAUUCUUCCGCUCGGCUUUGCACCUCGCUUCACAUAUUUCAGACAAACGGAUCAUGGUGACUCGGUUUCGGGAGACACCACAAGGUCCAGUAUCUUUGGUGAUGAACCCACUCAUUAUUGCGUUAUGUCCAAACGGAAUGAUCCUCGCAGAGUGCAAGCUGAUCUCAUCGAAUCUCGGAUUCAUCGCAUCGAAGAACAGAUGGCCAACAAUGAACGCGCGGUCGGGGAGCAAGAAGUCAAGGUCGUCAGAACUCAUGAAGGCGAUGAACAGCUUAACGAGCGACUCCGAGCUCUGAGAAACCACGCCGAAGCACUGCAAAAGAAACAUGAGUUUUUAUGUGAACUGCUAGAUGUGCUUGUUGAGAAGUUGCAACAAGAAGAUCCGUCUAUCGCUGCUGAGAUCGAUACAGACGAAUUGCCCGACAGAGAUGCUGAGAGGGACGAUGGACCAAAGGAAGACACGAAUCCGAUUGCGGACUACACGAGCGACUUCAACAACAGGUUUGUUGUGCACAAUGCUCAGAUCAAAUGGAAUAACUCGCUACGAAACAUCAUCCUACGCUACGUACAUCAAGUUAGUCAAAGACGUGGUUUCGUAUACUACAUGUCUAGAAGAGCUGUCAAGUUCAUUCUAGAUAUUCUUGAGGAACAGAAGAAAUCAAACCCACAAGCACAGGAGAAUCGUAACAACAGCACAGUCAGCAGCGACACAUCCUUCCUGCCCAUGACACCUAACCAAGAAGAGGAAAUGGCGGUUCAAGAUAGGAUCGACCAGCUCCUAAACGAUGGAAGACAGUUCGUCAAUGCCGACGACCCCGAGACACAAGAAUGCACAGAGUCGGCUGGCAAGNNGGAGGGCGGUGGAGAGGGUAUCUCAACCGAGUACACACCACAAAACACCUAUCACUUCCGCCUCAUCGCGCCACAGAUACAGCUACAAAGCGAGAAGAAUCCAAAGUCUGUCAUGCUGAUUGCUGCUAAAGGCAUGCAGCUCAGAGUCGUCCAAAUCAUGGACAAGGAAAGACUUCUCGAUGAGAUUAGUGGACUGGUGCAAACACGCUUUUCUGCCGCAAUGGACAGUAUGCAAGUGUUCGUCGCCAGCACCAAGACUUUUUCGACCGAUUACCUCCAUAUGUACUCUGGCAAUCGCUAUGGUGGCAAAUCUGGAGAGUACUGGCCACCUUGGGUACCCUUGGAAGUCAUGUUCGAAUUCCAGGUCAACCCAUACGGUUUCUCGAGAGUCGUUCAUCGUACCUCGGCAAGUUUGCGCUACGACAAAUACAACAAUUUGCGCUUGAAGUACAAUGACGAUGUCAGUGGCGGCGAUGGAGACAAGACGCAAAGCCCAGAUGCCUCUGACCCUCGUAUGGAUCACAUCUAUAUCGAGUUCCCUCACUUCAGGGCUAUCUGCGACUCUAAUCAGUACUUUGCCAUGUACAUUAUCGUACUAGACUUGUUACUGUAUAGUGAGCCGCUGGAGAAGACUCGUAGCGAAAGACUCGAAAAGAUCAUGCUGGCGUCUGACUUCAGCGAUCUUACAGGCGCACCCGAGAUGGUCGAGAUGCUGCAAGCUCGCAUCCGACAACUUGAAGAUAUCAAGAUGCAUUUCCAAGUCAACGAGAAAUUCCUGGAUCGUCAGGGAUGGAAAGAUAGAAUUGCUCUCGAUGCAGAUCUUGCUGCCUGCGAGGAUGAACUGUUCUUCAUGAUGAAGGCGAUCACUACCUCUCAGAGCAGAGUUGAAGAUCGCAAUCAAGAGGAAUCACCAGGCUUACUGAGAUGGCUUAUCUCUUCGAAGGAGAUUGCUUGGCAUCUCAUCCGUGGCGAGAAUGAGUCGCUUCUGGAGUUCCAACUCAAGGAUGGUCUUUUCGAUCGUACCGACAACAAUGAUGGCUCGAACUUCAGCUGCGUGGAGAUUGGUAGGAUCAAUGGUUUCAAUCUGCUGCCGAACGCGGUAUACCCAGAAAUCAUCGCGCCAUACAUUGACCCCGCCCGCGGCUAUACCAAGCAAAAGGAUAUGAAGAUGUUGCGUGUGCAGUGGCUGAUGCUUGAAGCCAUUGCCGGUAUUCCUGUUGUCGACUACUUCGAAGUCAAUGUCAUGCCUCUGCGCGUCCAGCUUGAACGCGAGAUUGCCAAACGACUGUUCGAAUACCUGUUUCCAGGUGUUGGCGGUAAUGCUUUCGAGGGUGGCGGCUUCUCGCCUUUCAUGGUUCGUAAUAUGGCCGUUCCAGAGGACGACGAGGAAGAUUCGGAUGAUAAGAAAGACAAUCCACCACAGGAUGAAAGCACCAAUGGAGCAGUACACCAAGGUGUAGGCACUGGAGCCGGUGAACUGGAACACAGACUCCAGCCAACUCUAAAAUUGCCGGAAGGAAAAGUACCUGUCAAGAACGGCAAGAACAAAGGUCUUGGUAUCAGCAGUUCGACUUCAUCUUUGCACAAUCUUCAUUGGAAUCCUUUCAGUCAUUCAUCAAACAACGUCGCCAAGAAGCAGAACAACAACACUGCAUCCAAUACCAGCCUUGUCAGCCGUACGCCUUCACAGCGUUCUUCCGAGACAAACUCCCUCGCCGAAUCAGAAAUGUCCAAGAAGAAAUCCAACAAGAAAGGCAAAUCAGACAAGGACGACAAACAAGGCUCUGACGAUCUUUCACUCAUGCUGUCCCGUGCUUCUAAUUACAUGACCUUGGCAUUCUUCAAGGUUCCCAGCAUGGUUUUAUGUCUCAGUUAUAAAGGAUCAGGCCGGCGAAACCUCGAAGAUGUGCAUGAUCUCGUGUUCCGCAUGCCAACGCUCGAAUACCGCAAUAAGACAUGGUCAAAUCUCGACUUGGCUCUACAAAUCAAGAAGGAUCUCAUCAAGGCUCUGAUCUCCCACGCCGGCGCCAUCGUAGGCAACAAAUUCCAACAUCACCGACCCUCACGCCAAGCCGCCUCCAGCAAACUUCGAGAGAUAGCAAACCUCAGCACCAUGCACGUCAACGGCCANAAAGAGGGCCAACGCACCAGCGGGGAAAGCACGCCAAUCACCACCUCCAGCAUCGUCGAAGAAGAAGACGAAGCAGAAGACCGUGAUGAGACUCCUGCUCGGCCGUCGUUUACCUCUGGCCGUCCUUCUGUGUUUGACGACCACCCACAUAUGGAGGCCUCACCUAACAGCCUGUUUGUCUCGAGAACUAAGAGUAUCACCCCUUCGCUCACCAGAUCGCUGGAAACUGAGGGUGGACCUGUGCCUCCACCCCGUCCGCGCCCACAAACUGGCUACUCACAUAUCUCUCGCACCUACACCAAUAACUCAUCUCUCAACACUCCGAGCAGAAGGUCUGAAGAGUCGAGGGUGAGGAGUACGAGUAUUGGCAGUGGCAGUGGCAAUGAUCAGAAAAAGGGCUUGUUUGGACGGUUGAGACCGGGUACUAGUGCAUCCAACAACUCUGGGGUGACAGGGGCAGAACAGAAAAAUGGAGGGGUAUUGCACAACAGGAUGGGACUGAUGAUGAAGGAUUCAAGUCUAGGCUUUUGCUUGGUGGGCAGAAGUUGCUUAAUAAAUUGCCGCAUGGCGGUAAAGGGUAGUGACUGA